AUGAAGGGCAGGAAAACUAGCAAGGGAGCGGAAGCAUGCCGGACCAGUGUCCUUUCUCGUAGAUGGAGAAAUCUCUGGCGCUUUGCGUCCUGUGACUUUGUUCUCGAUGCAAUCGGAGAAGGAGACGACGAUUAUGCUGAUGAUGCUGCUUCCAUGACACUGAAGAAAGCCACCGAGGUUAUCACAUCAAAUCAAGCUCCAAGUGUGGAUAAGUUUAUAAUUCGUUUCCAAACAGGGUCUAAUGUCACCAACAAAUUCAUCCCUGAUUGGGUCGGUUUCGCUGCACAGAAGAAAGUUCGGGUUCUGGAAAUCUCAUCCUCUUGUGAUAUCCCUCGAUUUGCAGUUUAUGCCCACCGCAAGGCUUGUGACUCGGUGAAUCCUGUUUAUGGAGUUUAUGUUAACGUACCGAAAUUAUCAGACUCUGGAUAUGAUUUGCCUGAUCCGGAGAAGGUUUUUUCUUCUUCAGGGCCUUGUUUGUUUGGGUGGUUGAAGUCGUUGACAAUGGUUCAGUUCAACAUUGACAAUAAAGGGAUGGAUUCGCUUUUAUCCAAUUGUCCAUGUCUUGAGCAACUUUUCCUGCAUAAAGGACUAUGUUGA